AUGGAGAGGCUCGUCUCGUCGUCUCUCCUGUCCUCCAGAGCCGCCCCUAUGCGACGGCCGCGGCUUCUCCUCCCGCCGCGCGGCGUCUGCUCCGCGGCCGUUGCCGGACGAAUCGGGUUCCCUCCGCUGCCUCGCGCCGGCGGCGUGUUCCUCCCCGAGGGGGGAGGCUUGCCGCCUCUUCUCUCGUCCUCGCCCUUCCCCGGUCGUGGUGCCGUCCUCUGCUCGAAGGAUGCUGCGUGGGAACCCGACGCUCCAGCCGAGGCUUCCGGUCGGCAGGCGGCCGGCGGGACCGGGACGGAAUCGUUCCGUGACAAGGUUCGCUCGCCUUUAUAAUACCUUCCUUAAUCUGUUUUUCAUCUUUGGUUGGAGAUGCGCCAGAACUUCAUAGACGAUUAUUUCUACCAUAUGCAUUAAUUCUUCGUCUUUUUUCAGUGAAUGCUUCUUUAACGGCUAUUUAUCUUGUCCCCUAUUAUCUAAUAGGUGGAUCUGUGUUUUGGCCUUUUCAAUUUCUUUCUGCCCAUUCAUCUUCAUGCUUGCUCUUUAUCAUUCCUGGUCCUAAGUCCAUAAGCUAUUCCGAGCUUGUGGUGAAUGUGGUAUUAAGAAAGUGUAUGGAUUAUCUAGAAAAACUGUGGUGGUAUACAAUUUCGCCAUUUGUAUCUGUUUAGUAAUUUGUAGGACACCUUUGUUCAACUGAUGGCUAAAGUGGGCCCAGUAGAGAGAUGAAAGUCGUUUGGUUCUCUCAGUUAGGAUGAUGCUCUACUGAUGAGACUAGUUAUUCUGUUUUAUUUUUUGAUGUAGAUCAGGGGUUCCCAUGAUCAUCUGAUUUCAGUCUGAGAUUUUUGUGCUUUGGAAAGUUCCAGCAAUGCUGAGAUUUUAUCGAAUCUAAACUGUUUAUUGGAAAAUAUUUAUCUGUGUCAGUAUGUAUUCUCAACUUUCCUUAUCUCAAAUAACUGGACAGUUGAACGUUCAAUAAAUCUGUCGUCUCAAGAGACGUGCCAUAGAAUUCGCUUGCACAGCUGUAGAAAGAAAUCCUUAAACUUUUGAAAGGUGGAUCGGUCAUGAUCGGAUCAUAUUUAACGGCCUGGGUUGACUCUGGACUGACAGAUUCAGAGUCCUAGAUUUUAAAAGCUUGUCCGUUAGGACCAAACUGGAAUGAACUUGAUAGAGAAUAUCCCUUUGAUAAAAUUAUUAAAAAAUGUUUAAUGUUCAUUAUUAAAUAGCUGGGGUAUUAUGUUUGUCAACGAAGACUUCUAAUGCUGGUGAUCCAUCUUCUUAGACGAUCCCCUGCCCUAUGGGAGCAAAACAGCGUGCACAGGUUCCAUGGGUGGGCAGAAAGAUUUGGAUCUGGUUGCUAUCAACCAGAUUGAAAAAAAUUGAAGAACUCUAUCUGUUGGUGAUCAUUUCGCUGUCCGUGGGUGAUGUUGCAAACUAUUUCUUUUUAUUAUUAUCCUCAGUUGACCUCGAUGGAAAGAAUUCAUCCCCCACCAUGACGCAAUUAUUUACUGCUUUUGAUUUGGCGGGCCCUUCUGGAAACUUUUGAAUGCCCUAUAGAUUACAGAGGAGUUCGUCAUGAUCCUGGUCGAGCAUUUUGAUUUAGCUGAUGAAAGUUCUUUAUACAUUUAUAGGAGAGGCAUGAGAUUGAUUCGUGAUUUUCCCAUAUCCCUCAUUUUCAGAAGAACAAAUAAUAAUGCUUGUGGAAUAAUAUUAUGUGAAUCAAUCUUCUGGAAAAAGAUGGUUUGCCCCACAUCUGACCAGUGAAUGAUUGUCGGGUUCUCUUCGUCUGAGUUCAAACCGUGCUGAUCGAUGUUCUUGGUAGAUUGCAGAAAAAACCAGAGCGGUCAUCGAUCGGAUUCUUGCCGUCCCUCCUUCCCCCUAAAAUGUUUGUCUCUCUGCAGCGAUGAAUAAUCCAGGUGAUCUUCUUCUCAUCACCAGGUUGCCCCUCGCGGAGGAGUGAUACUGCUCGCGACGGCGAUCUUGGUCCUAAUCCAGCCGAUUCUCCCCCCCGCGGCCUUCGGGACAAUGCAGUCGGCGGUGAAGACCAGCGGCGCGCUGGUCAAGACGGAGCUGCUGAGCAGCGCAUGGGCGGGGUUCUUCACCGGCUGCCUGCACACGCUCUCCGGGCCCGACCAUCUGGCGGCGCUGGCGCCGCUGUCCAUCGGCCGGACGCGGAUGGAGAGCGCUGCCGUGGGGGCUCUGUGGGGCUGCGGGCACGACGCCGGGCAGGUGCUCUUCGGCCUGCUCUUCCUCCUCCUCAAAGACCGCCUGCACAUCGAGGUCCUGCGGACGUGGGGCACCCGCGUGGUCGGCCUGACGCUGCUCGUGAUCGGCGCGAUGGGCAUCCGCGAGGCGAUGGAGAUGCCGGCAGCGGCGGCCUCGUGCAUCGCCCUGGAGAACGGCGACUGCGAGGCGGCGGUGGAGGGCGUCGGCGGCACGAAGAAGAAGAAGCUCGGGUUUGCGACGUUCGCCACCGGGAUAGUCCACGGCCUGCAACCGGACGCACUCAUGAUGGUCCUGCCUGCGCUGGCCCUGCCCUCCCGGCUGGCCGGGGCAGCGUUCCUCGGCAUGUUCCUCGUCGGUACCGUCCUCGCCAUGGGGAGCUACACCGUUUUCAUCGGCUCUUGUAGUCAGGCUCUGAAAGACCGGGUUCCCAGGAUCACGGAGAAAUUGACUUGGGCUUCCUCCCUGCUGGCCAUCUCCAUGGGGCUGGCCAUCAUCAUCAGCCAGUACUUGGGAUUUAGCCUGUACUGA